AAAUUGCUUUUGAGCGUGCGUUAAGUUUAUACUGUAUCUUUCCCUCGCAACGCUGCGCUGCGAGACAGAAAUAAACAUGUUUCUUUAGCAGUGGGCCACGAGAAUACAAUCAUUGCAAUGGGUCUUGGCUCCUAGCUGGCCGCGCAUGCGCCGGAGUUGGACGGAACAUCAAUGGGCUUAGCUGUUGGCUUAGCUAUUGUUAUCUUACGGAGCGAGUGUCGUCAGAAGACAGGCUUAUCAGGCGGAGGAGCAAUCAUUCACACUGUCCCGUUACUUCUGCACACGACCACCCCGGUGGCCACCUGUCACCUCCGUGUGGGCUCGGCACAAGUUGCAAGUCAGCGCGAUUCCUCUACAACAGAAGCAGAACUUCUGAAUAGCAAACAUGCCUCACAAGGCAGCUGCCAGAGGGGCAACGGACUCAAAGCCGACGAGGUACACUUACGAAGUCCUCACUGAGAUUGCACAGCACCUAUUAGAAAAGACGAAGAUCAGACCAAAAAUAGGAAUAAUUUUGGGCACAGGAAUAGGUCCAGUUGCAGAUAUCCUGACGGAUCGGACAGUACUCCCGUACGAGAGCAUUCCACACUUCCCGCGGUCCACAACGGCGGGACACAUCGGCGAGCUGGUGUUUGGCACGAUGGAGGGUGUGCCUGUAGUCUGCAUGCGUGGACGGUUCCAUUUCUUCGAGGGCUACCCUGCUUCUCAGUGCGCGAUGCCAGUAAGAGUGAUGAAGCUAAUGGGGGCGACACACCUGAUAGCAUCAAAUGCAGCCGGCAGCGUGCGCCGGGACCUGACGGUAGGAAACAUCAUGAUUAUGAAGGACCACAUUAACAUGUUGGGGCUUACAGGGCACAGCCCUCUGAGGGGACCAAACGAAGAGAGGUUUGGCGAGCGUUUCCCAGCUAUGAACAGAGCCUACAAUCGAGACCUCAUCAAAACUGCCAAAGAAAUAGCUAAAGAACUUGGCAUUCAAGACCAGGUUAAGGAAGGGGUAUACGCAUGUCUUGGAGGACCUCAGUUUGAGACAAUUGCCGAGGUGAAGCUUAUGCAAACAUUGGGAGCUGACUGCAUAGGAAUGAGCACGGUGCACGAGGUGACGACGGCGCGGCACUGCGGGAUGGCGGUGUUCGCGUUCAGCCUGGUGACGAACGUGUGCGUGAUGGACUACGAGAGCCUGGACCAGCCGGACCACACGGAGGUCCUGCAGAGCGCCAGGCGGCAGGAGCCGGUCCUCACGGCGUUUGUGUCCGGGAUGGUCCGCCACAUCGGCCGGUCGACAGAGCAGCCAGAGCAGCGCAGUGCGAUGCCCGCGAAAAGAGCCUGCUCCUGCGAGAAGAAAAAAAAAUCUGUUUAGGUGUUCCUGACGAGGGAUUCCAGGAAUACGAGACUCGAACUCUGCUUCACGAUUACUUGUAAAUCGUCAGCACCAUUAGAUAAGAACCACUGCCAGAACAUUUUCAGUUAUUUUCUAUAUAUAUAUAUAUAAAAAUUCAGUGUAAUAGCAAUAAGAAAUAACAUAUUCAAUAUUAUCUCAGAAAAUAAAUAAAUAUAAAGUUCA